GCAUCUCUCUGGGUCUGCCCGCAUCCCUCGUCCUCCUCCCGCGUCCUCCACGAGCCUCUGUUCUCGGGGACUUGGUUGGGGGUGGGGAGUACUUCCUCCCCUCAAGCUGCGCCCUCGGGAAGGAUGCUGGACAGCAGUCAGGCCUUCGGUCCAGUUUCCUCGAGCACGAGCUGAGCCGGCUGUUAUUGGAGGACCGCAGAGGCCGCAGGACCGGGGGGAGGAGGAGGACCGAGAAAGUUGGAGGCGCCGCGGGAGCAGGCCGGAGGUGCUGGGUUGGUGGUGGGCCCGCGGCCGGGGAAGGCCGGGAGCCUCUGCCGCUCACAGAACCCACCCGGAGGAGCCUGACCAUUCUGCCUCUCGUGGCCAGUAUGCUGACUGCCCGCUUCUCCAGACCCCUGUCACAGCUCCCGAGGAAAACCCUGAAUUUCUCUGAUAGAGUAAAUGGAGCAAGAGGCUCGCUGCUGUUUCACUCUGCCUCCUUUGUCCCUGUUGACCGUCGGACUUACGCUGCUUCGGUGAACCUGGUUGGCAGCAAAGCUGUCUUGGUUACAGGCUUUGACUCUGGAUUUGGGUUCUCCUUGGCCAAGCAUCUGCAUUCAGAAGGCUUCCUUGUAUUUGCUGGCUACUUGAUGAAGGUGGUGCCCUCCCUGAGAACCUUCAGGGAGACAAGUACAUUCUCCCCACCCCCAUUGCCCCCACCAUGGAGGGCACAUUUUGAUGGCGAGUUUGAUGCCUUUCACCCUGGCUCUGUGGAACAGUUGCUGCCAAAGCCAGGGGAGCCAGCCGUGGUGGGCCUGGUUAACAAUGCGGGCAUCUCAAUGUUCGGGGAUGUGGAGUUCACCAGCAUGGAGCCUACCUACAAGGAGGUGGCGGAAGUAAACCUCUGGGGCACAGUGCGGGGGACAAAAUCCUUUCUCCCCCUCAUCCAGAGGGCCACAGGCUGCGCGGUCAGCGUCAGCAGCAGGCUGGGCCGCAUGGCCCACGCGGCCGGCCCCCCGUACUGCAUCACCAGGUUUGGGGUGGAGGCUUUCUCUGACUGCCUGAGCUACGAGGUGCACCCACUGGGAGGGAAGGUCGGCGUGGUGGAACCCGGCAACUUCAACGCCACCACCAGCCUCUACGGCGCUGUGCGCAUCCAGGCCAUCGCCAAUAAGAUGUGGGACGAGCUGCCUGAGGGGGUGCGCAAGGACUACGGCAGGAAGUACUUUGACGAGAGGGUCGCGAAGAUGGAGACCUACUGCAACAGCGGCUCCACGGACACGUCCCCCGUCAUCAGCGCUGUCACCCACACCCUGACCUCCGCUACCCCCUACACUCGCUACCACCCCAUGGACUACUACUGUUGGGUGCGAAUGCGGAUCACGACCCACUUGCCCGGAGCGAUCUCCGACAGGAUCUACGUACACUGAGGAGUUUCACA